AUGCCCCGACACGUCCGAUUCGCGUCCCGUUCGCGUUACCAAGGUCUGAGUAGUUAUAUCGGUUAAAUGAUUUGGAACGUGAUAAAUAAAAAGGAGAAAGUUGUGAUGAGAGAUAAUUUUUCAUUCCUUGCAUUAAUAUGAAUAUUUUUAAAAAGUCAAACUUGUUUCUUUUCAAUUAUUGAUAAGCUCUCCCUUUUUUUGAACUAUUUCUUGUCAAAUUUUAGUAAAAUAAAGAUUUUUUUCUUACUUUUUACAAAGGCUGAUGUUAUGCUUCUUCACUUAAUUUUUUUCACGAAUUUUUUUGAACUUUGAACUUUUUCAUGUUGAAUAAAUUUUUGGAUGUUUCUUUAAAAACUCAAAAAUCGUGAACAUAAAAAUGGGAAAAAUGCAAUUUUUAAGAGCUUUUCCUUGCGUGUCAAGCGGUGUACUCGAAACAAGACAAAAAAAUAACUAUUUCUAAGAAAGAAAAAUUUGGUUUUUUUCGGAAAGAAAAAUGAGAAUUCGUGCAGAAAAAGUCAUAAAUUCGUGUUCUGAAAUUAUUUUUUUAAAUUUUAAACUUUGUACUUUUUGAUUUUGACGUUCUCCCUCGUUUUUUUGAUUCUUCACUUUCGAAACGUUUCUAUUUCGAUAUAUUUGUAAAAAUAUUGUAUUAAUCCUAGUGAAAAUAAUAUAGGUGUAUUUCAGAUUUUUUUCAUCUUUAAAAUUUUUUUUGAGUAAAAGUAUGUGUUUAUGUAUUGUAACUAUUUUCCCGGACAGAUAAUCCUUUUUUUCGAAGCUGUUGUGCUCGAAAAAAAUGAAUAUGACAGUAUAAACUUGAUUUUUUUGGCGCAAAAAAAUAAAAAUUACAGUGAAAAAAACUCACAAAAAAAUGAUUUUUUUAAUGUCUGAAGUAGCAUGUUUUUUCGUUUCAAAAUAGUUUUUCUUUUUAAUUCUUGACUUUUUGACUCAAGAAGCCCGUUAUUUCUCGAUUAAACUCUCAGUUUGCCUGCUCUUUAGCUCCUUUUUCCAUCCAGAACUUACCAAACUAAUAAAACCUCAUUAGUCACCGCUUCCCAAUUCGAAAAACUUAUACAUUUGGAAAAAGAAGCGAAAAAGGAGCUGGAGCCAUUGUCAUGACGACUGGCGGCGUCUAAAAUCACACUGAUUAGUCGCUUUUCACCACUUCUCCACUUGGAAUUCAUCUCCGAGGAGAUUAGAAGAGCGACUUCUUCCGCCACGUGCUUCCCAUCAAAGGGAAAAACUUCUGCUGCCCCGAUUUCUUAUCCCUUUUUCAUUUUCUCUUUAUUCAUCGCCUAUUUGUAGAUGGACGGAUUAUUUUGGCCUGCUUUUAUAGAUUAAUCUUCCUGUUGAAAAGAAAUUUUCUUCGUUGCGAAAACUACUCCGUUUACUUUCGGGUCGUCAUCAAAGCAUAUAGACUAGAAAAUUGUGAGCCUUUCCUUUUUUUGGUUUUUUUCUUUUCAGUCCAAGACCAUUUUUUUGAAAAAAAUCUCGCUGAUCCUUUAGAGUCGCACGAUUGAAAAGAUAAAUUUUUCCUCUAUUUUUCGUUAAAUUCUUCAUUUUUUCGGAUAAAAUCCAAUGAACAUUAUUUGGAAUGGUUUCGAAUGAUAAUAUUCGACAAGUUUUCUGUUUUUUUCCUUUUUUUCAAGUUUUUUUAAGUUGAUUUUUACAGUUUUUUUGUUGUUUUUAAGUAAUCUAUUUAUUAUAAAAAUAUCUUCAGAGACUACUGGAAAAUUCUCUAGUGGUCACUCAAGAGGUACUCAAAGGCUAAUUGAAGAGGACACUCAAGUGGCCACUAAAACAACCCUUCUAGAGUUUUUUGUGGCCACUAAAGUAGUUUUCAGUGGUCUAGUAGCCCCUGCGACUCCUAAAGUGGCCACUAAUUUUUAGCCCCUAAGGGUCUACUAAUUCGACUACUAUGAUGACCACUAAAAGGUCCAAACCCUAAAGUGACCACUUAAAAAUUUCCCAGUACCUUCCCAAAUCUUUUCAAAAUGAUAUUCUUUCGAUCUCCAAGUUGUUUUUUUCUCUCGCGUAUCAGAAGCCAUUCCGAUGUUCCGAAUCAAAAAAUUCUCCGUGGAGCAACCUUUGAUGCGGUUCUGACGGCUGUUUGUAAUCGAAUCAGUGACGCUUUCAGACACAUUUGGUCAUAUAAUCCCAUUUUGAAGCCCAGGAAAAAAAAAAAUGACAAUUUUUCCUCUUCAAAAUUCUGUUUUGAUCUCUGGCAUUAUCGAGGUGAUUAAAAACAGAUCUAAUUGAUUAAUUGAGAGAAAGGACGAACAAGAAACGGGCUGAGACGUUUUAAUCAAAACGUAUAUUUUUGAAGUUAUAUAAUCUUGUUAGAACUUUCAAAAAGUCAUCUGAAUGAAGGUUAUCUUUUUAAGCAUAUCCAGUUUUCUUCUGUAUUUUUUUGUACUACUUUUUACCAAGAUUUACUGGUAGCGCUUGGAAUGGCUCAACGCGUCGCGGUCGCGCUGCGGCUCGAGUCAAAAUCCGAAUCUGUUUCGGGAUCCUAGGCGCGCAAGUCACUAGGAGGUCGGUCAUAACCAAGACGUUCCUGACCCUAAAUACUCACUUUACACCCUUUCGAGAGCAGUUUUUCGUGUCUAUCACCCUUAUUUUUUUUCGGUAGAUUUAAUUACGGAACCGCGAAUUGCAGAAGAAGAUUCCCACGACGACGAUGUACGAGUCGAUGCCACUCGUGGCGUCAUCGAUGACGUCAGACGAGAAACCGAAGACGUCACUUUUAAGCGUGAACGUCGGCGGUCGACGUGCCAAAUUACCUGCAGAGUUGGUCAGUUUUUAUCUUUGAGACUUCACAAAACUUGGAUUUUUAUUCUCGAAAAAAUUCGGGUCGCUUUUCAAUCGAAAAAUCUGGUUCUUUUUGAGCUUGAAACUAGUUUUUAAUCGUCUAUUAUAAUAAAUUGUGGAUACUGAAAGUCGGAGCACGUUUCAAACCAAAAAAUAGUUCUUUGACGAUCUCAAAUCUCACCAAAAAGUAUCAAAUUUGAUGUUUAAACAUUUUUGUUUUCUAAUAAUUUAUCAGUAGUUGGUCGCUUUUUGAGCUGUCUGUGUUGUUUUUCAUUAUUUGGUUGAAAAGGACAGGGCUCGAAGAUUGAUUAAAGAGCGUUUGAAAUGCAUAUUAAAAAUAAAUGAGCUUUGAUUUCACUCGAGCGGUUUUGCUAGCUUAUGAGUCAUGGGGAAAGCUUUGAAAUGUUCUUGGAUUUUUGGGAAUUACAACUAAAAAGGCAUUUGUGAUUGGUUUCUGGAAGGUUUGGACGCUUUUUGAAGCAUUUUCGAAUGAUGAUGUACGCAAAUUCAAAAAAAUUUCAAUUCAUUAAUAAAUCAGAAUCAAAUCUUAUGAUGUUUAAAAUUUUGAAAGACGUUUUUGAAUAGUCUUCUAGACUCCAUUAGACUCCUUUUUCAUGUGUUUUUUUGUUCCAUUUUAACUAAUUAAAAAUAAAUCAUUCAAAAAUUUAGUUAUAAUCGGUUCGUAAAUACUUAUUUUCUCAGGUUUCACGCCGGCUUCCCUCUUCAAAACUGGCCGUUUUUUUGCGAAAAGACCCACGUCGAAAGGCUCACCGAGUGUGACGCUUUUUUCGACGCCGCGGCUGAAUAUUAUUUCGAAAGAUCGCCCGUUAUCUUUGAAUACGUCGUCGACUACUACGUCACAGGUUCGGAUUAGAAAAUUUUAGCUAAAAGGGCUGAUUAGGGAGUUUUUCCAGCUGAAAUUUUUGAAAAAACUUUUUCGAAGUUUACUUUAGGACCUCCCGAUUGCUGAGCAAGAUAAAAAUCUUGUAAAAGAUCUGAUUUCCAAGUUGAGAAGCUUCGAAAGUUGAAGUAGUGCUUUUUCGUCAUAUUUUACAUGAUUCGCCAACUUCAAAGCUUUGAAAAAAAGAUCUGUUGCUGGAAAAAUUUUUUUCUUUCGUUCAGGAGGUCUUGAAGUACAUUUCAGAAGCUCAAAUGAAGCCUAAAAAAACGUUACACAGUGAUAAUAAAUUUAAAAAAAUCAUUUAAACGCAAUGAAACUCUCACUUUUUUUAACGGGUACAGCUCCGAAAGUUUCAAAGCUCUUCCAAAAGAAUUAAAAAAACCUUUUUAUUCAUUUUUGGAUCUUAAUAAAGGUUCUUGUUGGAAGUUAUUUCAGUCAGGUUUCAGUGACUUCUCUUGAUUUUACUUCAAUUUUUUUCGAUUUUUUUCCACUCUGUAAUUAAAAAAUUUGGUUAUGAAUAAUAUUUAGCCACCUUUGAAAAUUGCGGUCCCUACUAAAAAUAAGGUCUUUCGCAAGAUAUUUUGAAUCCCAUUUUUCUUGAAAACAGCCUCGUUUUUUUUUAAACAAUCUCUUUAAUACGCGUUUCUUGACUUUUUUCAAAGACAAGGGCUGAAAUUCCAGGAAAACUGCACCGACCGAUGGACAUUUGCCCGAUUCGACUUCGUUAUGAGCUCGAUUUCUGGCGAAUCCCAACCCACUACAUGUCGCCUUGUUGUAUGCUCGAGGAGAACAACAAUCUUGCAGCAAAAGCUCGGAAUGAAAAGGUUUUUUCAUUUUUCUUGUGGAAAGGCACUUUAAAAUGUUCAGGCUUACGCAGAUUCCUCCCUUCCCGCUUCAUGUUUCGAAAAGGUUUGGUGUGGACCCGCUAGAUUAAAGGUGAGUCUCGAGAAUCUCGAAAAAAAAAGGAAUUAUUCUAAUUUUAGUUCUACCGAUUGCUGGAAAACCCUCGAAGUUCCACUGGCGCCAAAGUUUUCUCAUUCGCCUCGGCCUUUUUCGUCCUCUUGUCCUUAUUAGGUGAGGGUAAUAGUUAUAAAUAGCGAUGGAAUUUGUUCUGUUAAGGCUUAAUCCUGAGCUCGAUGCCUGAGCUUCAAGAUCAUAACAAGGAGCCGCACUACGUCCUGCACUGGCUCGAGAUGCUGUGAGUUGGAAGAAAUGAGAAAAAAUUUCAAAAAGUUUGAAGAGAGUCAAGGAAUAAUGAAUCGCCUUGAUAAAACAAACAAAAAAGUGAGGUUUCGGGAGAACUUGAAGAAUAAGUUCAGGCGACUCUUAAAUCUGAUACACGACUUGAAAUUCUAUGAUCACAUGGCGAAUGGUUCAAAGAAUCAAGCCGUUUCGAGUCGGCUGCAUAAAAAAAAACGCCGCGAGCCGUUUAUAGUGAGAUCAUCGAAUUUAAAUGGGAAUAAUUCAAACGGAAUACUAUGAUUUCAAUGUCGAGAAGGUUUUUUAAUAAAAAUCAAUGAAACAUCAAAGUCAAUAAAGUCCAAAAAAUCAACUCAUGGAAUUUUUUAUUCCAAAACAGAAACUUGAACUUUUACAAGAAGAUUUUAAAUGCGACUUUUCACGACUUCCGGCUACAGUAAGCCUCAAAAGGGGCGGAGCUUGAAAAAACCUUGUUUAAAAGUUUUGUAUACUUUUGUAGUUGGUGUGAUAGAAAUAUGAGCUCAAAAAAAGCAACAUGCAUUUUUUGUGCCCACUGUUUUUGAAUUUCAACGAUUCUCUCGAAGAACGUGUGUUAAAUAAUAAUUUAGCUUAUAAUUUUUCAGUUGCAUGGUUUACUUCACUUUGGAAUACAUUGCUCGAUUGGUUGUCAAUCCAAGAAAAGUAAGUAUUUUGAUUUUAUUUUUCUUCGAAAAUCCUAUUUAAAAUAGACUAACUUUAUUACAUAUUUCAAGAUUUUUGAACUUUCAGGGCCUUCAGAAAAAAAUGCUCUCUAAAGAGUCUAGACAUCAAAUAUUCACUUCUACUAGAAAAAAACCUCUACUUCUAUUUUUCAGGGCGACUUUAUCCGAUCGCCUCUCAACAUUAUCGAUCUCCUCACGAUUCUUCCUUUCAUGAUCGAAGCUUUCAACGAACUUCAGUGGAUGAAAGAGUUCCGAGGUUCGAGAGCAAGAAAAAAUAUUUUGAAUUCAAAAUUUAUAGGAGCAAUGUUGGUGGUUCGAGUGAUGAGACUGGCCAGAGUAGCUCGGAUUUUCAAAUUGGCGCGCUACAGUACCGGACUGCGGGCAUUCGGAGAGACGAUGAAGAAAAGCGCCGCAGAAUUGAGCAUGCUCGGCAUGUUCCUCGUUACUGGUUAGUGGAAAAAGCAAAACAGAAGAUGAAAAAUAAGCCGCCUUUAUGGCGGUAUUUUCGCUCCAAUGAGAAUCUUUUUUCGAAGCGGAUCUGCUCUCGGAAAUUGGUAACGCGAAACAGAUGUGCUCCGGACGUUUCUGGGCGAUUCUAGGGAUCACUUAAGAGUUCUGAGGCGAGCUCGGACCUUGGUAAUGCAAACCGGACGCGCCCGGACAUGUCGGAGCAUUUCUAGUGACCACUUUAGUAGUUUUAGCACUUUUAAGGGAUCCUAAAACUGCUCAGAAGCGUUCAAGGCGCGUCCGGUUUGCGUUACCGAAGUUUCUGAGCAUUUCUAGUGACCAAUUUAGUAGUGUCCGCGCUCUUAAGUGAUUCCUAGAGUUGCUCAAAAGCAUUCGGAGCACGUCCGCUUCGCCUAACCGAGGUCGAAAUUUCGCAUUUUCUAAGAAACUUUUGGACGAAUCUUAAAAAUUCCUGAUAGUCGGAAAAAAUUUCAACAACGGAACUUUUCGAUAGAAGAGCUUUUUUUCAAGAUUUUAUAUCUGAUUUUUCAACUUUAAAAUUCCAGGAAUCAUGCUUUUCUCCACCGCCAUCUAUUUUUUCGAAAGGGACGAGCCAAACUCGAAGUUCUACUCGAUUCCGGCGGCUUGUUGGUGGUGUAAGUUUCAUUUUUCAUUUUUUAAUCGAACUCACAAAAAAGCUAAGAAAAUGUUUCAGGCGUCAUCACAAUGACAACUGUCGGUUAUGGCGACUUGGUCCCGGUUACUGCAGGUAUAUUUUUGGAAAUAUUAAAAAAGGAAAACAAAUGAAGAGAAAGAAAAAUCAUUAUCGGAAUUGAAUACAUAUUUGAAAAAAAAUAGUCUCGAGAAGAAACAACAAAUUUUUGUUUUUGGCUCGGGCCCACGCCUCAAAACACUAACAACCUUUUUCCCAGGCGGAAAAGUCGUGGCAGCACUGGCAUCAGUCUGCGGCAUCAUUGUACUGGCCUUCCCGAUCUCGAUGAUCAUCGACAAGUUCGCCGAGUCGACUGGCGGCUGGAACGGGUCCUACGACGAAGAGGAACACGUCCUGCCUGGAAGUGCCGGCAGCGCCAAGAAAAAAAGCAAACGAUACGUCGGAUUCUAA